AUGAAGAGUAGUUCUAGCAGUUCCUCAGAAAGCUACAGAUGGAGAACUGCCAAGCCCACAUCGUCAUCUUCCGAAAGUGGUCCCAUUAAGAUGGAGGGUCAAAUACUUCUAAGGCUGAAAAAGAAGCAGCCACAUCGCGCUAGAAAGUACUAUGCGAUACUAACUAAGGGAUAUCUGCAACUGUUCACAAAUAAAGAAAAUCCUGCCUAUCGAUAUCAAAUCGACCUCUCGAAGGUAAAUUUGGGAAAGCUGAUUUCUAGCUUUGAAGCUCAGCCAGAUCUUUGA